AAUUUGUGUGUAUCCGGUCGUUGUGUCUUUAUAAAAACCCCGAAAACCGUUGAAUUUAGUGCGUAAAAUUCUUAUCGAACCAAAUAAAUUUUGAAAUAAUGUCAAAUAGCAAGGAUACACAACAAUCAGAAAAUACUCAUUCGAAAAACGAAAUGAAAAAGUAUAAAAAGUUAUCAAGAUCAUUUCCUGAAACUGAUGGCGAUGAAAUUGUUAUAUCCGGAAUGGCCGGAAAAUUUCCAAACUCACAUAAUAUUGAGGAGUACGAGUACAACCUAUACAAUAAGAUUGAUAUGGUGGAUGACGAUGAACGGCGCUGGCGUCAUUUUAAUCCUGAAAUUCCGAAAAGAUCAGGAAAAAUUCACGAUUUGGAAAAGUUCGAUGCCACAUUUUUCGGUGUUCACUUUAAACAAGCUCAUACAAUGGACCCUCAAACACGAAUUUUAAUCGAGACUGCUUACGAAGCUGUUAUAGAUGCCGGCAUAAAUCCGAAGAGUCUACGUGGUACAAAAACCGGUGUUUAUAUUGGUUCAUGUAUCUCCGAAUCGGAGAAGACUUGGUUUUAUGAGAAAGUUUCAUCUGGUGGAUUUGGUAUAACUGGUUGCAGCCGAGCAAUGAUGGCAAAUAGAAUUUCUUAUUGCUUGGGUUUGCAGGGUCCUUCUUUUUUAUUGGAUACUGCUUGUUCCAGUUCAAUGUAUGCUUUGGACAAUGCUUUUUCAGCAUUGCGAAAUGGUGAAAUAGACGCAGCUAUCAUUGGUGGAUCGAAUUUAAUAUUGCAUCCAUUCGUGACACUUCAGUUUGCCAGACUAGGUGUUCUUGCACCUAAUGGCUAUUGUCGCCCUUUCGAUAAGAGUGCGAAUGGAUAUACUCGCUCAGAAUCUAUAAAUUGUCUAUUCUUGCAACGUAAACGGGAUGCUAAACGUGUAUAUGCAACUGUAGUUUAUUCUAAAACUAAUUGCGACGGAUAUAAGCCUGAAGGCAUCACAUAUCCAUCUGGAAAACUUCAGGAACAGCUUAUAGCUGAAUUUUAUAACGAAAUUGAUGUUAAACCCAAUGACUUAGGAUACUUGGAGGCUCAUAGCACUGGAACGGUCGUUGGAGAUCCGGAAGAGUGUCGAGCGAUUGAUAGUAUACUAUGUAGUCAGCGUAAGGAACCACUGCUGGUUGGUUCAGUAAAAUCUAAUAUAGGUCAUUCGGAAGCGGCUUCCGGCAUUUGUUCCUUAGUAAAAGCUUGUUUCGCGUUUGAAACUGGAAAAAUUGCUCCGAAUAUAAACUUCACAGAGGUAAAACCUGAAAUUACCGCAUUAUCAGAAGGGCGGUUAGUUGUAGUAAAAGAUGUCGUAGAGCUCAAGAAGCCUUUCAUUGGAGUAAAUUCUUUUGGUUUUGGUGGAGCCAAUGCUCAUGCACUAUUAAAAGCUUUCGAUAAAGUUAAAAUUGACAAUGGCCUUCCAAACGAUGAUAUACCAAGGUUAUUAACAUGGGCUGGAAGAACUGAGGACUCUGUUAAUCAUAUUUUUAAUACAGUGGAACGUAAGGCAUUGGAUGCUGAAUUUUUCGCGCUAUUACAUAAUAUUCAAAAAGAUGAAGUAUCUGGUAUGGUAUUUCGAGGAUAUGCUAUUUACGCCAAAAAUGGAACUGAUCAAGUAAAAACGCUCACUAGAGACGUCCAGCACUUCACUGGUAUAAAGCGACCUAUUGUGUGGGUAUUUAGUGGAAUGGGAUCACAGUGGACUGAAAUGGGCACAUCACUGCUACAGAUCCCUACUUUCAUGAAAUCCAUUGAAAAAAGCCAUUACGUUUUACAAUCUAAAGGACUUGAUUUAAUGAACAUACUUACAUCUUCAAAUCCAACUACAUUUGACAACAUAUUACACUCCUUCGUUGGCAUCGCUGCUAUUCAAAUUGCCUUAGUUGAUCUCCUACGUUCUCUAAAGAUUGAACCCGAUUAUAUAAUUGGCCAUUCAGUAGGAGAAUUAGGAUGCGGCUAUGCUGACGACUGCUUUACUGCAGAACAAAUGAUUCUUGCUGCAUAUUAUCGUGGUAAAGUAAGUUUGGAAAUUGAAAAAAUAAAAGGCUCUAUGGCAGCAGUAGGAAUGGGUUAUAAAAAGAUAAUUAAUAUAAUUCCCGAUACCAUAGAAGUAGCUUGUCGGAACAGCGCGGACUCGUGCACAAUUUCAGGCCCAGCUGAGGAUAUUGAAAAAUUUGUGGCCGAGUUGAAAGCUAAAGACAUUUUUGCCAAGGAAGUUCCAUGUUCAAAUAUUGCAUACCAUUCUCGCUACAUAGCUCAAAUGGGUCCUGAUUUUUUGAAAUAUUUGCGACAAAUAAUUCCAAACCCAAAGCCCAGAAGUUCUAAAUGGUUAAGUACCAGUGUACCAAAACACGAUUGGGAACAAUUAGGUCGUAAUAUGUGCUCAGCAGAAUACCAUGCCAAUAACCUUUUAAAUAGUGUUUUAUUUGAAGACACAUUUGAUAUGUUACCCAAAAAUGCCCUAACUAUUGAAAUUGCACCCCAUGGAUUAUUGCAAGCAAUUAUAAAGCGUUCUAUGCCAAAGGGUAUUCACAUUCCACUCACCCAACGUAACAAUAAAAAUAACACGUUGUUUUUGCUAACCGCAUUGGGAAAGUUGUUCAGCAAUGGGCUUACCUUUCCAGUAGCACCAUUAUAUUCAGAAAUUGAAUUCCCAGUAUCAAAAGGUACACCUGGUAUCAGUUCACUCAUACGUUGGGAUCACACUGAAGACUGGUUUGUUACGAAGUAUGAGAACAUGAAAACGAAAUCGAGUGGAGAACGAUUAUUUAAAAUAAACUUAACCAGCGAUAAUGAGGAAUUUAUGAGCGGUCAUGUUAUUGAUGGCAAAAUAUUGAUUCCAGCAACAUGUUAUCUUCAGUAUGUAUGGGAAACCUUUUCUUUGAUGUACCACGGUCCAAGUUAUAUGGACGUUCCGGUUGAAUUCGAAGAUGUAAGAUUCUUACGAGCAACAAAUAUGUCAUUGAAUGGAAAUGUUGAACUAAAUGUCAUGAUUCAUUACGGAACAGGUCAAUUUGAAAUCACUGAGUCCGGAAAUUUAGUUGUGACAGGGGUAAUACGUGAAAUAGAAAAUCCAACAGUACCAUGUGUUAAUGCUACAAAUGAAAAAUCUGAAUUCCCAAUUUUAUCCCGGAAAGACUUUUAUAAGGAACUCAGGUUAAGAGGUUAUCACUAUAAUGGGGCCUUCCGUGCAGUAACCUUAGCUCGUGGAGAUGGGUUAUAUGGAAAGGUUGAAUGGAAAUAUAAUUGGGUAACAUUUAUGGAUGCCAUGUUACAAAUCCAAAUUUUGGGAACUGAUUCCCGUACUCUGCUCAUACCCACAAAAAUACGAAAGCUAAAAAUUUACGGUCCUCAUCAUUUUGAUCUAAUGACUAAAAUGGAUCCGGAAAAUAGAGUUUUUGAUGUGUAUGUUGAACGCGAAUAUGACCGUAUAGUUGCUGGCGGUAUUGAAUUGAUUGGGCUUCAUGCCAGUCCGGUACAACGUCGCAAGGCUCCAGGAAUACCUGUACUUGAGCAAUAUCAAUUUUUACCUUAUUCUGCAACAGUUACUCUGGGUGAAACAGAAGCUGUUCGUAUGUGCGUCCAGUUAGCCUUGGAAAAUACUCCGGUGCUAAAAAUGAAGAUUCUCGAAGUAGGCUCACAAGAUAGAGAACCAGUUGUGCCAAAAUUCAUUGAAGCAAUAGAAGAUUUGCCUUUGAUAACGGGUGAUUAUUUAUUAUUCACAGAUCAACCUAUCGAUGAUAUUGCUGGAGUUCAUAUAGAAAACGCUAAAUAUACCAAUCAAACUAAUUGUCACUUUAUUGUUGUCAAUGACUUGUUUAAUAAACAAGACGAUGCUACAGCUAUGACAGCAUAUAAAUGUUUGGUUGAAAAUGGGUAUUUACUUUCCAGGGAAAAAAAUUUCAUAAACACGAGCAGCCUAAAAUCUUUUGAAAAUUUUAAUAUAAUAACAACUCUCCACAUAAAAGAUGAUGAGCAAAUGAUAUUAUUGCAAAAGAUCACUAAGAGACUCACAUUGAAUCCACUAGUUGUGAGAAUUUCUGAAAAAGACGAUGAAUUGAAAUGGAUAACAGAAAUUCAAACUGGUCUUAACAACAAAACUCCCAUUGUCCUUUAUUCUUUUAAUGAAUAUACAAAUGGAAUUAUUGGGCUUGUGAACUGCUUGCGUAAAGAGCCGGAUGGACACUUAGUUACGUGCUUUUACAUAGAUGAUACUAAUGCACCACCUUUUGAUUUGACUAACUCAUUUUACAGUAGCCAAUUUGCUUUGGGACUUGCAAUUAAUGUCUACCGGCAGGGUAAAUGGGGAUCGUACAGACAUUUAUUGUUACAAAAUGAGGCACCUACAGGCCCAAGGACAGAUCAUGUUUAUGGAAAUGUUAUGCAACGAGGCGAUUUAUCAACCUUACGGUGGUUGAAAGGACCUUUGGACACUAAUGAAUGCUCUGUUCGAAUUGUUUACUCGUCGCUUAAUUUCAGGGACGUUAUGUUAGCUACUGGUCGUUUGGCUGUUGAGUUAUACGGUAGUAGUCGCCUUGAUCAGUUGUGUGUAUUGGGCUUGGAAUUCUCUGGAAUUAAUACCAAAACUGGUAAGCGCGUUAUGAGCAUGGUUGCAAAAGCAGGAGUGGCAUCGUAUAACGAACGACCGUCCAAAUUUAUGUGGGAUGUUCCAAACCACUGGACCCUAGAAGAAGCUGCUACUGUGCCAGUUGUUUACAUCACUGUAUAUUAUGCGUUCUUUAUGAAAACCGACAUACGUAAAGGAAAAAGUAUUCUUAUUCAUGCUGGAACUGGUGGAAUUGGUCUGGCGGCCAUACGAGUCGCAUUGGCAUACCAACUUGAAGUUUUUACAACUUGCAGUACCGAGCAAAAAAAGCAGUUUUUAUUAAAAACGUUUCCAAAAUUAAAAGAAAGUCACAUCGGCAAUUCUCGUGAUAUAUCGUUCGAAACCAUGAUACAACGUGAAACUAACGGCAAGGGUGUUGAUUUUGUGCUAAACUCUUUAGCUGAAGACAAAUUGUUGGCAUCAGUACGUUGUUUGGGCCAAGGUGGUCAUUUCUUAGAAAUUGGAAAAUUCGAUAUGUCCAAUGAUACUAAAAUUGGAAUGAGUUGUUUUCUCAAAGAAAUUACAUUCCACGCAGUUCUAGCUGACCGGCUAGAAUUCGCUUCAGAUGAGGAUAUCCAGUAUUUAAAACGUAUGGUCGACGAAGGUAUUGAAAACGGCGUUAUACAACCUCUACCAUCCACGAUUUUCCCUGCCAACGAAAUAGAGCAAGCAUUUAGGCAUCUUAUAGGAGGCAAACAUAUAGGAAAGGCUUUAAUACAGGUCCGAGAUAAUCCUGAAUCUUUAGCGACACUACCCCUUAAAGUUUUACACCAAGUAUAUUUUAAACCAAACGUUUCCUACAUCAUACCCGGAGGUCUAGGAGGGUUUGGCUUGGAGUUAAUUGAUUGGAUGGCACUACGAGGAGCUCGAAAAUUAAUUAUUAGCUCAAGUCGGGGUGUAUCAAAGGAUUAUCAAGCAUACAGAAUAGCUUUAUGGAAAACUUAUGGAUGUGAAAUAGUUGUUAGUACGUUUGACAUAAGCACACUUGAGGGAUGUAUGGCCUUGCUGACCUUGGCGGCAAGUGUGGCACCAGUUGGAGGAAUAUUUAAUUUAGCUGUAAUUUUAAGAGAUGGACUAUUCACGAAUCAAACAAAAGAGAAAUUUUUUGAAAGUUUUGCUCCCAAGGCUACAGCAACAAAAUAUUUAGAUCAGUUAUCUCGUUUGCAUUGUCCUUAUCUGGAACACUUUGUUGUAUUUUCGAGUGUUUCCUGUGGUCGAGGCAAUGCUGGACAAACAAAUUAUGGUAUGGCAAAUUCAAUUAUGGAGCGCUUAAUUGAAGAUCGGAUUAGAAAUGGUUAUCCUGGAAAGGCUAUACAAUGGGGAGCGGUAGGCGAGGUUGGUUUAGUUGCAGAUAUGGCUGAAGAUAAGAUUGACAUGGAAAUUGGUGGAACGUUGCAGCAGCGUAUUUCGUCUUGCUUAUAUGAAUUGGAUACAUUGUUAACUACACCUGAGCCGGUGGUCUCUAGUAUGGUGGUUGCUGAAAAACGAGCCGGUCGCUCAGGCAAUGAAAGCAUUCUCGAAACUGUUAUGAACAUUAUGGGAAUUCGUGAUUUAAAAUCGAUUUCGCUGGGUACUACCCUAUCCGAAAUGGGAAUGGAUUCUCUGAUGGCAGUGGAAAUCAAACAAACCUUAGAAAGAGAUUUUGAUCUCAUAUUGACGCCACAAGACUUACGCUCGCUAACAUUCCAAAAAUUACAGGAAUAUGCAGAGUCAAAAGAAAGAGAGAGUACGGACGUUGUGAAAAUGAUUUUCGUUUCAGAUAGUAAUCUUUUGGGAAUGCAGAUUUUAAUAAGAAAUCUUGGCGAUGAAACUCGUUGUAAUGAAAUAAUGAUGCCACUGAAAACAUCAGCUGAUGCUACAAAACUAUCCAUGCCUCCGAACAUUAUAAUACCUGGCUUAGAAGGUACUGCGGGACAAGCAUGGUACAACAUAGGAACAUCUAUAAAUAAUAACACAAACAUUUUACAACUGCACAGAUUCGGCGAAUGUACGACAGUCAAAGAAGUAGCCGAAGCAUGUUUUGAACAUGUCAAAGCGGAAUUAAAAUCUAACCACCCUUUUUACAUUAUCGGAUAUUCAUAUGGAUCAUUUGUCGCAAUAGCAUUGGCCGCAAUGCUGGAAAAAACCGGCUACCGAGGCCAACUCUUACUAAUCGAUGGUGCACCACAUUUUCUAAAAAAAUUAACACUGGCACAUUUGGGCGAUGAUUUCACCGAUAACGACUUAUACAAUUUACUUCUUUCUAACAUUGUUAAGCAAAUAUUCCCAGACGAGCCUCAGGAAUCAGUUUUGUUAGAGUUUGCUAAACUAGACAAUCUGAAUAAUAAGAUGCUGAAAUUUAUGGAAUAUGUAAAGAAACAAAAUUUAUAUAGCAAUGAAUAUUCACAAAAAAUGGUUCACGAUAUGUUCCGUCGCAUAAAAAUGGCGGCAAACUUCGAUUUAGAUAAAAUUGAAUCACUCACGACACCUAUCACCCUAAUAAGGCCUGCCGAAGUAUCAUUACAAGAUAUAGAAGAGGACUAUUGUCUGUCUAAAGUUACAACUGGAAAUGUUACUUUAAAAGUAAUUGAAGGAAAUCAUACAUCUAUGCUAGAUAAUCCGAUUUUACCGCAGAUAAUAAAUGAAAUGGACCCCUCGCUACAAGAUGACAAAAAUUUCGAAGAGUAUAUACGGGAUGUGAAACCAAUCUCACCCGUUGUCUAACACAUUUUCUGUAAACAUGUCAAUUAUUUCAUAAACGCAUAUAUAUAGCCUCAUAUGUUUGUAUGUAUGGUUAAAAAAAACUAGCCGGACUUAAAUUGCCAUAGAAGUUAUAAAGCCUUCUGAAAUAAAACUUUAAAACUUUAA